AUGCCAUUGACUGAAGAUGAGUGGGUCCCUCUAGAGCUGUGCUUUGGGAUGGCCCUCUUCAGCUCCGAGCUCAACCGCAAAAUAUGCCGAAAGAUGGCCUCGCACGGCCUCUGUAGCAAAGACAGGUACUAGAAGAACAUAAUGAGUUUGUUUAUGUUGGGUGGGAAAGGAAAAAAAUGUCAAUUUAGAAGUGCUCCUUUGUAGCUCAGUUGGUAUAGUAUGGCGAUGUUAACACCAGGGUAGUGGGUUUGAUUCCCAGGACCACCCAUAUGUAAAUAUAUGCACGCAAGACUGUAAGUCUUUUGGAUAAAACCGUCUGCUAAAUGGCAUAUAUUUUAUUAUUAUUAUUAUUAUUAUUAUAUUAUAAGAACGUAAGUUGAUGGUGUAAUUCUUUGUUGUUCCAGCCUUCAAGACUUACUUCAUUCCAGCCGAAAACUAUCAUUGAACGUUCUGAGUUUUGUUCAGUCAUUCCAGGUAAAAGGUCUCUCUGUGUGUUCUAUUCUGUCUCCCUGCCACUUGAAGAGCGCUCCUAUCAAACCAGACAGUCUUAUAAUGACAAUCUGAACACUCAACACUGAAUGUUUUUUUUGUUUGUUUCCCUUUGAAAUAACACUCAAGUCUAGACAGACAUCACUCACAAAAAACAACAACGUAUCGCUGGUUUAAUUACUUCCAUGUUCUGUACCUCACCCAGCCAAUAACCCUGAUAUGACUGGUCUCUAUUAAUAUGAAGGAUGGAUGGGACCCACUCCAGAGAGAUGGGAUGCAUAGGAUGCGUCCCAAAUGGUCCUCUGUAGCUCAGCUGGUAGAGCACAGCGCUUGUAGCGCCAAGGUAGUGGGUUCGAUCCCCGGGACCACCCAUACACAAAAAUGUAUGCACGCAUGACUGUAAAUCGCUUUGGAUAAAAGCGUCUGCUAAAUGGCAUAUUAUUAUUUAUUAUUAUUAUUACUAUGGGUCCUGUUCAAGGGUAGUGCACUAGAUAGGGAGUAGGGAGCCAUUUGGGACACAGAUUAAUAAAGUAGAAAAACAUAAAUGCUCUAUGUUUUAGCUAGAUGCCUGCUAAGUGCAUGAAAGAGCUGGUUAAUUAGUACUAGUAACAUACUACAUGAAAGUACCUGGGUACACAACAGAAAAGGUUUUUAAAUGUUUUCCAACUGAACAUUUCACUGAGCAUUUCGUAUUGGACAAUUCCAUGUAUUUAUUUCAAUAUGUUUUGUGCCUAAUGAACACGACCCUGUACUGUAUUAUACACAAAUUACCUUUGACCCCUGACCUGUGUGUCCUUUAGGAUGGCAGCCAGGGUCAGCCCAACCCUGACAGUGGAGUGUCCGGUCCUCUCAGCCAGCCCCCGGCCGAGUCUGGCGUUCCGCUGCCCGCUCUCAACCUCCUCUUCAAGGACGGACAGCUGAGGGAGUGGUGUGGACGAGCACCUUCACCUCUCCGUAUCUCAGCCCUGCAGAAGGACAAGACCUUAUAGACUCCUCCACAUCUCAGCCCUGCAGAAGGACCAGACCUUAUAGACCCUCCACAUCUCAGCCCUGCAUUCGUAAAGAGCAGGGUCAUGAGGAGACUGUCUGUCAUUCACAGUGGCGAUGGCUAAACCCAUUAGGGCAGUAUCGAUAGUUCUGUAAUAUCGAGACAAGUUCAAUAGAGGCCCUUAACAUGUAUGUUCAAUGGGUAUUAUUUUUGCUGGAAAAUGAAAUGAUUCAAAAUACUCAUUCAAAGUUUAAAAAAGAUUCACAAAAAAUCCUUGUUUUUUCCAACCUGAGUACGUGUUUCUGAUGGACUUUGCCUGGAAUGGGUGGACUACUUUAUGCAUCAUAGGAGCAAACCGGUAGACUCUCUGGGCCUCAGGGCAUCCACACCAUCCCAUGCUCCUCCUAUUGCUCUAUGAUCAGAACCAACCCAACCCUCCCUCCUCCUCCUCCUCAUAUUGCCCUAUGAUCAGAACCAACCCAACCCUUCCUCCUCCUCCUAUUGCCCUAUGAUCAGAACCAACCCAACCCUCCUCCUCCUCCUAUUGCCCUAUGAUCAGAACCAACCCAACCCUCCUCCUCCUCCUCCUCCUAUUGCCCUAUGAUCAGAACCAACCCAACCCCUCCCUCCUCCUCCUCCUAUUGCCCUAUGAUCAGAACCAACCCAACCCCUCCUCCUCCUCCUCCUCCUCCUAUUGCCCUAUGAUCAGAACCAACCCAACCCUUCCUCCUCCUAUUGCCAUAUGAUCAGAACCAGUCCCCCCCUCCUCCUCCUAUUGCCCUAUGAUCAGAACCAGCCCAACCCUCCUCCUCCUCCUCCUAUUGCCCUAUGAUCAGAACCAACCCAACCCUCCCUCCUCCUCCUAUUGCCCUAUGAUCAGAACCAGUCCCCCCCUCCUCCUCCUAUUGCCCUAUGAUCAGAACCAACCCAACCCUCCCCCUCCUCCUCCUAUUGCCCUAUGAUCAGAACCAACCCAACCCUUCCUCCUCCUCCUAUUGCCCUAUGAUCAGAACCAACCCAACCCUUCCUCCUCCUCCUAUUGCCCUAUGAUCAGAACCAACCCAACCCUUCCUCCUCCUCCUAUUGCCCUAUGAUCAGAACCAACCCAACCCUCCCUCCUCCUCCUAUUGCCCUAUGAUCAGAACCAACCCAACCCUUCCUCCUCCUCCUAUUGCCCUAUGAUCAGAACCAACCCAACCCUCCCUUCUCCUCCUCCUCCUAUUGCCCUAUGAUCAGAACCAAUCCAACCUCCUCCUCCUCCUCCUCCUCCUAUUGCCCUAUAAUCAGAACCAACCCAACCCCUCCUUCCUCCUCCUCCUAUUGCCCUAUGAUCAGAACCAACCCACCCCUCCCUCCUCCUCCUAUUGCCCUAUGAUCAGAACCAACCCAACCCUCCCUCCUCCUCCUCCUAUUGCCCUAUGAUCAGAACCAACCCCCCCUCCCUCCUCCUCCUCCUCCUAUUGCCCUAUGAUCAGAACCAACCCAACCCUCCCUCCUCCUCCUCCUAUUGCCCUAUGAUCAGAACCAGCCCAACCCUUCCUCCUCCUCCUAUUGCCCUAUGAUCAGAACCAACCCAACCCUCCCUCCUCCUCCUCAUAUUGCCCUAUGAUCAGAACCAGCCCAACCCUUCCUCCUCCUCCUAUUGCCCUAUGAUCAGAACCAACCCAACCCUUCCUCCUCCUCCUAUUGCCCUAUGAUCAGAACCAACCCAACCCUUCCUCCUCCUCCUAUUGCCCUAUGAUCAGAACCAACCCCAACCCUUCCUCCUCCUCCUAUUGCCCUAUGAUCAGAACCAACCCAACCCCUCCUCCUCCUCCUAUUGCCCUAUGAUCAGAUCCAACCCAACCCUUCCUCCUCCUCCUAUUGCCCUAUGAUCAGAACCAACCCAACCCUCCCUCCUCCUCCUAUUGCCCUAUGAUCAGAAACCAACCCAACCCUUCCUCCUCCUCCUAUUGCCCUAUGAUCAGAACCAACCCAACCCCUCCCUCCUCCUCCUCCUCCUAUUGCCCUAUGAUCAGAACCAACCCAACCCUCCCUCCUCCUCAUAUUGCCCUAUGAUCAGAACCAACCCAACCCCUCCCUCCUCCUCCUCCUCCUAUUGCCCUAUGAUCAGAACCAACCCAACCCUUCCUCCUCCUCCUAUUGCCCUAUGAUCAGAACCAACCCAACCCCUCCUCCUCCUCAUAUUGCCCUAUGAUCAGAACCAACCCAACCCUCCCUCCUCCUCCUCCUAUUGCCCUAUGAUCAGAACCAGUCCCCCCCUCCUCCUCCUAUUGCCCUAUAAUCAGAACCAACCCAACCCCUCCCUCCUCCUCCUCCUCCUAUUGCCCAAUGAUCAGAACCAACACAACCCUCCCUCCUCCUCCUAUUGCCCUAUGAUCAGAACCAACCCAACCCUCCCUCCUCCUCCUCCUAUUGCCCUAUGAUCAGAACCAACCCACCCCUGCAUGAUUCCACUGCACUAAAUAUUUCAGAAAAUACCUUGUUAUUACCAUGUUGUUGUUUUCAUAAAGAAGAUGUGGGGUCUUUAAAUGGCACAGUGAGACUAGUGUGGUGUUCUCCUCUUCUAUUGGCUGUGGAUCAAUCAUACAGUAUGUUGACAAAAAAAACAAUUUUAGUUAACUUUCACCCAUGAUGUUAUUGUUGUAGCCCUUGAUUGUUCCCUGAGGUGCAACACUCACUGCUUUACGCAAAACAUCCCUCUCUCGGUUUGAGAGAACACCAUCCCUCUCUCGGUUUGAGAGAACACCAUCCCUCUCUCGGUUUGAGAGAACACCAUCCCUCUCUCGGUGUGAGAGAACACCAUUCCUCUCUCGGUUUGAGAGAACACCAUCCCUCUCUCGGUUUGAGAGAACACCAUUCCUCUCUCGGUUUGAGAGAACACCAUUCCUCUCUCGGUUUGAGAGAGCACCAUCCCUCUCGGUUUGAGAGAACACCAUUCCUCUCUCGGUUUGAGAGAACACCAUUCCUCUCUCGGUUUGAGAGAACACCAUCCCUCUCUCGGUUUGAGAGAACACCAUCCCUCUCUCGGUUUGAGAGAACACCAUCCCUCUCUCGGUUUGAGAGAACACCAUCCCUCUCUCGGUUUGAGAGAACACCAUCCCUCUCUCGGUUUGAGAGAACACCAUUCCUCUCUCGGUUUGAGAGAACACCAUUCCUCUCUCGGUUUGAGAGAACACCAUCCCUCUCUCGGUUUGAGAGAACACCAUUCCUCUCUCGGUUUGAGAGAACACCAAAGACCCAUUUUCAUUUCACUGCCUUAUUAUUAUGACAUUGGUUGCCCCAGUAGACUGCCAGCAUAUCUCUCUCUGGCUCUAACCCAGUCCUCUACAGACCGACAGACAGACAGACAGACGACAGACAGACAGACAGACCAAGGACUCCACUCUUUUGGCCAUUUUAGAUCUCUGUUUACAGCGACGGCUAGCGUUAAUUAGUGACCGCGUCGGUUCAGACCUGCCUGGGUUCAAAUACCAGCUUUUCUUUGAGCCUGCCUGAAGUAACCAGAUGGGCUGAGUUUGCACUUUCGGGACUAUUUCCAUUGGUUCCAAUGUGCCAGGAAAGAUCAAUCAAGCACAGCAAAAAAAAAAUGUUUAAGAAAACAAAUACUAUUUGAACCCAGGUCUGCUUGGUUUAUCCAGACAGCACCAAAGCCUGGGCCUAGUCCUUCACAGGGAACCAUAUUAGAAUCUAAUGUGUUCUAUCGAUGGCACUGUCUAUUCGUAGUGGGGAGUUCUUCCCUGUCAGAAUCUGUAAUGCUCCUUCGAGCAUAGGAGUAAGUAUUACACUCAGCAGUACGCUCCUAGUAGGGAACUAUCAGAGCCCUAUCUGUCUGGUAGACCCAGGGCUGGCUCCAGGCAUAACCUCCAGGAGGGCCGAGGGCUCCAGGGGCCCCAUCAGAGCCCUAUCUGUCUGUUAACCCAGGGCUGGACCAGGGGCAAGACCCAGAGCCAUGACCCCUGUCUGGUUAGCCCAGGGGGCCGCAUAGCCUCUUCGGGACCCCGUCGGCCCUGGUUGGAACCAGGCCUCAGCCCA